AUGGCGAGCGCUCGUUUGUCCCUCCCUCCAUCGCUAGCUUCUCCUCUGCCAUCUGCCACUAUCGACGAGGUCGACGAGGAGGCGCUAUCGACCAUGACAAAACAACUCGACUUUGUGGGUCGCACACCCUCACCAAGCGACAGCUGCGCCCGCCAAACUCAGAUCUACAAACAGGCGCUGCUAUGGCUGACGAUGCUCGUCCAAGAAUCCCUUCCAGGAUUCGAGCUCCUCGAGUACGGCGCCCGAAAAAAGGGCACGGACACAGAGUGGUCUGACAUUGACGUCGUCGUCGUGGGCAGCUCGGAGGAACGGGAGACACUGCAGCGGUUCCGGAACCUCGUGUUCAACAAGGAAGCGGAGCUCUUGCAACAACUCGGCAUCAGGCAAGUCAUCAUCAACGACGAGAAGCUGACUGCGCGCGUCCCUACGCUAAAGUUCAGUCUGACUACCAACCUUCACGCCGCGCUGCACGUGUGUGUCCUGCCGGCCCUCGCCGCCUCGAUCGACCUGCGCUCGUUUCACAUAGAGGUCUUGGUGCUAUGCUUUCUGCUUGAUAGCAGGGUAUGGCCGCGGAAGGCCUAUUCCGGAGAGAACGCAAGGGCACAACUGCUGCUCGACCUGGUCGAGUUCUACGCGACCAGGUUCCGGCCCAGAGAGCAUUACAUUCACCAUGAGCGGGGGACAACCAAGAUGUACUUCGUUCAACGGCAGGAGGGUCGCAUGGGUGAUCUGGUUAUGAGCAGCUUGCUGCCCGCGAGCGAUGCGGAAGGUGACGCAUUCUACGAUAGUCCCCGGGAUGGCGGCUGGGAACAGGUGAUCAAACCGUUCUUUCAGACGAUCUCUGACGGGAUUCGGAAUCAAAGCUGGUCCCCGGAACUUGAAGAGCUACUUGGUGUCGGCAGGCCCACGCGCUCAGAGCGGAUAUCCAACCUCGAGACCAGAAAAGAAUUUUACAACAAAGCUCCCUCGCACAACACUGGGCACGGGACUGGCGCGCACUGGCACUAA